AGCCGCCGGGUGCACCUUUAAGAGCCUCUUCGCGGAGAGCCGCUCUCCGACAGCUCCCUUGUACUUUGCCCCUUUGCGACACGGCGCCGAAACGGGAGCAGUGAGGAGUUCUCUGCCCCGAGGCUGCAGCAGGACCCUGGAAAGGCUUCGCCCUUUGUGACAAUCCCCUGUUUGUGCAAAGCGAGAUAAGUAAGGGAGCAUCUUUCCACGGCCUGCAGCAGAGCGCAGAGCGGCGGUGGCAAGGGGAACGGGAACUUCCCUGCCGGCAGAUCAACCCUGGGGGAUGAGCAGGAGACACAACCCGUGAUGGCGGAGAGCAGCAGCUUGGAGCAUCCCGCCCUGGAUAAGGCAGCCGGCGAGGAGUUCCUGCAAGAAGCCUUCCAGAUCCUCCUGGAAGAAGUCGUCAGGAAGGGCAUGGAUGUGACAGAGAAGUACCCUCCACUUUGCCGACAUCUUUCUGGGAUCGGGGAGCCCGGUGCCGCGGGUGCGUCGAGGCGGUUCCUCCUCAGCCCCGGGAGGGCCGGCAGGGCUAGGCAGGACGGGGACUGCCCGCACCGCUCUUACAGAGGAGACAUCCCCUGGCCCGCUCCCCUCGGGGACGGGCGCCGGCUCCGCGCGGGGACAACGCUGCUGCGGGUCUUCGCCUGCCCGGCUGGAGCCUGCGGGGAAGAGGCCAACGGCCUCUCCCCGUCUCGCCCUCCCCCAGGUCACCCGCGCUUCUUUAACCAGCUGUUUUCCGGCCUGGACCAUCACGCCCUGGUGGGACGCAUGAUCACAGAGGCCCUCAACACCAGCCAGUACACCUACGAGAUUGCCCCGGUGUUCGUGCUCAUGGAGGAGGUGGUGCUGGCGAAGCUGCGGGAGCUGGUCGGCUGGAGCAGCGGGGACGGGAUCUUCUCCCCGGGAGGCUCCAUCUCCAACAUGUACGCCAUGAACGUGGCCCGGUACUGCCGCUUCCCGGAGAGCAAGCAGAAGGGCAGCUGGGCCCUGCCGCGCCUGGCGCUGUUCACCUCGCGGGAGAGCCACUACUCCAUCCAGAAAGGAGCCGCGUUCCUGGGCAUCGGCACCGACAACGUCUACCUGGUCGGCGUUGAUGAGAGGGGAAAGAUGAUCCCCGAGGAGCUGGAGAAGGAGAUUGAGAGGGCGAAAGCCGAGGGUGCUGUGCCUUUCUUUGUCAGUGCCACCAGCGGCACCACGGUCCUGGGCGCCUUCGACCCGCUGGGGAGCAUAGCAGACGUGUGCCAGCGCCAUGGCAUCUGGUUCCACGUGGAUGCGGCUUGGGGUGGGAGCGCCCUGCUCUCCAGGAAACACCGGCACCUCCUGACCGGCAUCGAGAGGGCAGACUCGGUGGUCUGGAACCCCCACAAGAUGCUGAUGGUGGGUUUGCAGUGCUCGGCCUUCCUGCUCCGAGAUGGCUCCGGUCUGCUCCAGCGGUGCUACGCGUUUGGGACGGAGGGGCUGGAGAGACGCGGGGACCGGGCCUUCGCCUUCACCAGAUACCUGGCGGAGGAGGCGAAGAGGAGGGAAGGCUUCCAGCUGGUGCUAGAGCCGGAGUUUGUCAAUCUCUGCUUCUGGUUCGUGCCGCCCAGCCUGCGGGGCAAGGAGGGCUCUGCCGAUUACUGGCCCAGGCUGGGCAAGGUGGCUCCCGCGAUCAAGGAGCGGAUGAUGAAAACGGGCUCCAUGAUGGUGGGUUAUCAGCCGCACGGUGCCAAGGUCAACUUCUUCCGCCAAGUCGUUACCAACCCUGCGGUCACCAGGGCGGACUUGGACUUCUUUCUGGAUGAGAUCGAGAGGCUCCGCCGGGGAGUGUUAGGCUCGCGUGGCCCCUGCUCUGCUCCGUCGGCUCCUCUCCACGCUGGAAGGCCGCGGUGGAUGCUUGCUCGUUGA